AUGAAUUGGAACAUUCUCCUAAAGCUAUUCUUUUUAUACUUGUGUGCUCGUGAAGUAGAGUCAUGGCAUGAAAAGGUGUUAUUGAAUGACGUAAAUUCGUUAACCUUUUACCGUGGCGAACGGACAGCAGGACGACGAACCGCUCCAAUUCCACAAAUGUCAUGCGUGGAUGGAAAAGCGUGCGGUGAAUUUGUACCAACCUCUAUAACAUGUUCGAAUGUCGGUACAUAUGGAUAUCAUCCACAAUGGAAGUGUCAAGCAACAUUACCAAGGCAUCUCGGAUUUGGGAGGGUUGCUGUAAGUUGUGAAGGUUACGAUUAUCCUGGAGAUCCAUACGUACUCAAAGGAAGUUGUGGACUGCAAUAUUCUCUGUCGUACAUUGACGGGUCAAAGAAAAGCGAUCGGUUUUACGACUCGUAUGGCUAUUCUCAGUCUAACCAAAUGUUUGGUUACAUGUUCGGCCUACUAUUCUUUUGUGUUCUCGCUUUUAUUGCGUAUAACUUUAUAUUGGCAGUAAGAAGAGGUGGUUUUAAUAAUUCCUCCGUUCCCAGUACUCCGCAAAGAUCCAACAGUAAUAAUGAUAACAGCAACAACCAACCAGCCGGAGAUGGAGGCCCUUCUCCAGCCAGCGGUGCGGGAUUUUCCGACUUUAUUCGAGGGACACCUGGAUUCUGGACAGGCACUGGGGUCGGCGGUUUGUUUGGCUAUCUCUUUGGAAGACAGGCGGGCGAAACACGCAGACGAACAAGUUAUAGAAAUAGAAGAUUUCGGAGGCCAUAUUCUGGAACGUGGUCGUCUAAUUCUAAUUUUCACGAUUAUUCUUCUGAUCACUAUAAUCCUGUUGAUUCGUAUAAUUCCGGUACUUAUACUGCGACUGCGUAUGCUGAUACUGAAAUUAGGUAG